GCUACUUGCCCGAUGGCACGCCGUUGAACAAGGCCGGCAACGCCAUCAACCAUCCGGAGACUAUCGGACCGGAUACACACACGCCGGGAUCGCCACUGCCCCGGGCCAUCUUCACCAACUCCGUUGGCUACCUCCCUGAUGGAACACCUCUGAAUGCAGCAGGCAACGCUGUGAACCAUCCUGAGACCAUGCAGCCGGAUACACACAUUCCCGGUUCGCCGUUGCCGCCGUCCUUCUACGCUGCCGACACGGGCUACUUGGUGGAUGGCACGGACAUGUCCGUGGCAGGCAACCGGUCUGUUCAAGGCCCCCCACCUGCGGCUGCACCAGCAGCUGCGCCUGCACCGGGCGCAGCCGCUCCUGCCGCCAUGCCUGGCAUGACGGUCUCAAUGCAGGAGGUGGAAAGUGCCCAGAAGGCAUGGGGAGAUGCGAUCAAAAACAUUUCAAGGACCUACUUGGACGGCGGAGAUUAUGUGGGGGUGGCCGCAAAUGCAGCCGGCGAGCUCUAUGGAUACGGCCACGGCAAUGUGCUUUUCAAGCCAACGAAAGCUUCGGAUGUUCAAUUCCGGCCUGAGGCGGAACAGGCUAUGUCCUACUUCGUAGGUGCCGACGCGAUAGAAGGUGGAAUUUCCGAAGACCACGGCUUCGCAAUCAAUGGCGGCAAGGGUUGGUCGGAUGUGAUCUUCAACAACCACCAGAUAGACUUGAACGGGAAUGUUGCCAUUGCGAUGGGCAACUAUUGCUUUACAUCCGCUUCAGAUGGCAGCAUCAGCAAGGUGGAAUACACUUUCGGUUACAAGAAGUGCCAGGUUGCUCCCAUGAAGCAGGAAUCACUGAAGCACCAAGGAACGGGGGAGAGUGGUGGCUGCGAUGGCAAAGUUCGCAUUUGCCUUCACCAUUCAUCAGUUCCAUACCAGGGAGCCGGCAUGUCAGUCUCAAUGGAGGAGGUGAAAGCUGCCCAGAGAGCGUGGGCAGAUGCGAUCAAAAACAUUUCGAAGGCAUAUUUGGAUGGGGACGAUUAUGUGGCAGUGGCCACUCGUGCAGCCGGUGAACUCUAUGGUUAUGGCCACGGAAAUGUGCUGUUCAAGCCGACCAAAGCAAAGGACAUGCAGUUCCGCCCGGAAGCAAGCCAGGCGUUGUCCUACUUUGUAGGGGCUGACGCUGUGACGGGUGGCGUUUCCGAGGACCACGGCUUUGCAAUCAACGGCGGCAAAGGUUGGUCAGAUGUGCUGUUUGACAACCACCAGAUCGACUUGAAUGGGAAUGUUGCGAUUGCCAUGGGGAACUACUUCUUUGCCUCUGCCGAGGAUGGAAGCAUCAGCAAGGUGGAAUAUACUUUCGGUUACAAGAAGUGCCAGGAUGGCCAGGUGCGCAUUUGUCUCCACCACUCGUCAUUGCCUUAUCAGGGUUCCCCACCCGAAGCUCUCAAACAUUGA